AGAAACUCUCCGGCCAUCAACAACCAUGCUCUCUCACCGUCUCCGGCGACUUCUCAUCACCUUACCUUCCUCUCUCCAACGAUCCUCCACUCCAACUCCCCCCUCCCAUCUCCCUCCCGUAUCAUCUCUCUCACAUCGAACCCUAACAAAGCAAUCGCCGAAGUUUUCUCAAUCUCCGGCGAGAUCAUUCUCAACGACUCAAUACCAAUACGAUCCCUACACAGGAGAAGACUCUUUCACGCCAGAUAACGAAGGAUGCGAUUUCAACCACUGGCUAAUCACGAUGGAUUUCCCAAAGGAGAAUCCUCCUUCUAGAGACGAAAUGAUCUCAAUCUUCGAGCAGACUUGCGCUAAAGGACUUGGUCUAAGUUUGGAGGAGGCUAAGAAGAAGAUAUAUGCAAUUUGCACGACGAGUUAUCAAGGCUUUCAAGCGGUUAUGUCUAUAGGAGAAGUUGAGAAGUUUAGAGAUUUGCCUGGGGUUCAGUAUAUUAUUCCUGAUUCUUAUGUUGAUGUUGAGAACAAGGUGUAUGGAGGAGAUAAAUAUGAGGAUGGUGUGAUUACGCCUGGUCCGGUUCCUGUCGCUACUAAAGAAGGAUUUGAUUCUUUAGAGAAGGGAGAAGAGCAAGCUCAGGAAGCUCAAACGCAGCCAGGUAAGGAGGUAGCUUCAGAGAAAGUGUUGGAUCAAGGAAGUCAAACGCCUCGAGAGGAGAGGAGUGUCAAGGAAAACCAAGGAGCUUUGACUCCAAUUCAAUGGCGACUAUCCCCAAGACAAUGGAAAGGUCGAGGUGAAGUGUCGACUUCAAGAGAAGGGCAAGGAUAUCAGAUGCCUUCAUUUCGAGGGAGUUUCAAUAGAGAUCAAGGUGCUCCCACCUUAGGACAAAGGCAGGUUCAAGGUAAUGGAGUUCCAAGGUUACAAUGGGGUUUCAAUCAAGGCCAAGAAACUCCAUUCGUAGGAAAAGUGCAAGGUCAAGAAAGUCAAACGCCUUCAUCUCAAAGGAGUUACAGCCAAGGCCAGGGAACAGCAAUGUCAGGGCAGGGUCAAGGAAGUCAAACACCCUCCUAUCAUAUGGGUUAUAACCAAGGUCAGGGAACUCAGACGCCUCCAUAUCAAGGAGCAGUGGUGAACUACAACCAAGGGCCACCGCAAGGCAACUUUACUCAAGGGACACAUGAAAAUUACAACCAAGUGGGCAGAGGGAAUAACACUCCGCAGAGUGGUGGAAACUAUGGUCCUGCACAAGGAGCAGGAAGUACAGGAUUUGGACACGGGCAAGGUCAAGGAGGUCAGUUAUUGUCUCCAUAUCAAGGGAGUUGCAACCAAGGCCAGGGAUCUCCAAUGCCAGGGCAAGGUCAAGGAGGUCAGUUAUUGCCUCCAUAUCAAGGGAGUUACAACCAGGGCCAGGGAUCCUCAAUGCCAGGGCAAGCUCAAGGAGGUCAAAUACCUUCAUAUCAGAUUGGUAACAGCCAAGGCCAAGGGCCACCGGUGCCUCCAUACCAAGUAAACUACAACCAAGGAACACCAGGAAAUUAUGGUCAAUGGGCGUUUGUGAACUACAACCAAGGGCCACCGCAUGGUAACUUUCUCCAAGGCCCACAUCAAAAUUACAACCAAGGAGGUCAAUGGAAUUUCAAUCCAGCGAGUAGUGGAAACUAUGGUCCUCCACAGUUUGGAAACCAAGUGCCUCAAUAUCAGUUGAGUUACAAUCAAGGUCAAGGAGUUCCAUUCCCUGGACAAUGGCAAUGUCAAGGAUGUGGAAUGCCUUUGUAUCAGGGGUAUUACAAUCAAGGCCAAGGUACACCAAAUCAUGGACAAUGGCAAGGUCAAGGAUUUGCAGUGCCUUCAUAUCAAUCGAGUUAUAGUCACAGCCAAGGAGCAUCGGUGCCUCCACAGCAAGGAUUACCAAGCAUUACCGGUCAAGGGACAUCUGCAAACUUCAACCAAGGGAUUCCGGUGAACUAUAUUCAAACGAGGGAAGGGAAUCACAAUCUGCAGAGUGGUGGAAGCUAUGGUCAUACACAUGGAUCAGCAGGGUUUUCUGGACAAGGACAUAAUCAAACAUAUCCACAGAAGGAUCAGAGGAAUGUAGUAGGUGACUUGAGCAACAACAAUAAUCCUUCAGCCUCGAAUGAAACCGGCAAAGCUGGUCCUAGGCUCAGCGUGCCUGCUCACGAAUAUAACCAUCAGUGCUGA